AAAGGAAACAACCGAAAAAAGCGAUAUUAUAAUUCGGGUUAGGGUUUGCUCAAAUUGAACUUCAAGAUGGGAACCAAAAAGAAAUCAGCGAAGAAGAUAGAGCUCGAAGAAGACGAGCUCAAUGCUUCAAAUUCUUCAGUCACAGCAAUCAGUGAUGACGAUGAAGAAGCAAACAAGGAUCUCAGCCUCGAGAUUAUUCAAAAAGCGCUUCUCAACCGUGCAAUUAAUCCCCAAAACGGCGCCGUAUUGGAUACACAGACAGUAAAGAAGAAGAGGAAGAAGAAAAAGACGAAGAUUGAAGUUGUAGAUGCUGUUAUAGUUGAAGAAAAAGAAAAGGAAGUUGUAGAGACAAUCAAAGCACCAGAAAAAGUGGAGCAUGCCGAAGUGGAAACAGGCAUGGUUGAUACGAGUGACAAUGUUGUUCUGGGAAACACCGCUUCCGAAUCACAUAGUGAGGAGAUUAAGACUCGGAAAAAGAAGAAAAAGAAAAAACAUGAAUCUGAGAUUCAAACUGUAAAUGCUGUUAUAGUUGAUGAAAAAGAAAAGGAAGUUGUAAAGACAAUCAAAGCACCAGAAAAAGGGGAGAAUGCCGUGGUGGAAACAGGCAUGGUUGAUAUGAGCGACAGUGUUGUUCUGGGAAACACCGCUUCCGAAUUGCAUAGUGAGGAGAUUAAGACUAAGAAAAGGAAGAAAAAGAAAAAGCAUGAAUCUGAGAUACAAACUGUAAAUGCUGUUACAGUUGAAGAAGAAGAAAAAAAGGAAGCUGUAGAGACGAUUGAAGACCCAGAGAAAGUGGUACCUGGUGAAGCAGCAGAACCAAGGGUGGUUAAUACGAGCAACAACACUGUUCUCCGUAAGCUGCUUCGUGGUCCCAGGUAUUUUGAUCCUCCAUCAGAUAAUGUUUGGGGAACAUGCUAUAACUGCGGUGAAGAAGGCCAUGCUUCUUUCAACUGUACAGCUGCUAAGCGCAAGAAACCUUGUUUUGUGUGUGGCAGUUUGAGUCAUAAUAAUGGCAAAAAAUGCAUUAUGGGACGGUAUUGCUCUACCUGCAAGCUAGCUGGUCACCGAAGUAGCGACUGUCCAAAGAAGCAUACAGGUGGCUCUAAUUCUAAAAGCUUAACAGUAUGCUUGAGAUGCGGGAAUUCUGGGCAUGAUAUGUUUUUGUGCAAAAAUGAUUAUUCGCAGGAUGAUCUCAAGGAAAUACAAUGCUAUGUCUGCAAGAAAUUUGGCCACUUAUGCUGUGUCAAUACAACUGAAGCUAUACCAAAAGAAUUUUCUUGCUACAAAUGUGGUCAGAUGGGUCAUAUUGGUUGGGCAUGUUCAAGGUUGAAAAAUGAGGCCACUGCUGCCACCACACCUAGUUCAUGCUAUAAAUGCGGUGAACAAGGACAUUUUGCCCGAGAAUGCUCAAGUUCUGUUAAGGCAAGCUCGAGGUGGCAACCUGAGAACACCGAUCCAGCUACACCUAGUUCAUGUUAUAGGUGUGGUGAAGAAGGACAUUUUUCCCGAGAAUGCUCAAGUUCUGUUAAGGUAGGCAACAAGAAACAUAAUUUAUCAAGUACAGAAACACCAAGAUCCCAGAAAGAGAAUGGUCACAUGGGAUAUAGAUCUGCACCUUAUGAUAAUGGUAACAAUAGUAAAAUGACAAGGUCUCAUACAGAAGAAAGCAUCAUUAAAACACUAAAGAAAUCAAAACAUAGAGGUGAUUGGACGGCAGAGCAUUCUGGUGAUUUCUCUCCCUUCAAUUCCAAAAGGGAUAAUUGGAGGUCUCCAAUAACACCAUGUACUAAUAAUAGUGCUAAAAACCAUUUUUACAAUAGUGGUAGUCACAAUUUCAGUUCUAAAUCUUUUACGCGGAAUGUUCAUGAUGGAACUCCUAAUUCAGAAGGAUCAACGAGGACUUUUCAUCAUGGGUACUCAGCUUCUAGGUUUGGCAACUCGAGUAGUAAUGGAUUUGAGAGAAGUUACAACAACGGGUGGUAGCUUCUCCAGAAAUCUAGUCUAGAAUAGAUUAUAUUCUUUUUUGACAACUCAUUUGCAAGUUUUGAACUCAUUCAUGCACCCUUCUCAUUUAUUCUUUGUAUCAUUAUGUUGUAAUAAUAAAUUUAUUUCAUUGAACUUGGGGGGUCACCCAAAAACUUCAUUUAUAGAAAUGUUUGUCUCAUCUUCCAAAUGUGACUUUGACUUGA